CGCGUUUCCGUGUGGCGUGAAAAUUAUUGUGAUAGCAAUAAAUAUUUUAGUAAACCGCUCGGACAUUAUAAUAUUGUUUAGACGUAUUCGAUUGCCUUUUAUUGCGUUUUCGUUCCGCACGCCGUUCGUUUUUGCAGUCGGGUCAUUGAAUUCUCCACCGCCCGACCACGACUGUUCAACGCGCGUUGUCGCCUUGUCGUUCGCAACGCGCCGCCGAGUCUUUAGUUUGUGUACCCGUGGACGAUUUGCGCAGUUGAUUCACGACGGUUGUUCCGUUUUCGGUCUCGUACUGUAAUAUAGGUAAUCGUCAUUGUAGUACCUACGCUUUAGUUUAUACUUUUUUGUCGCCGCCGGUGGUCCCCGCCAAGUAAUAGUUUAUUAUACCAGCAUGCCGCCAUCAACAGUGACAAUCUUCUCUUGCUCAAUUUGUUUUGAACCUUUAGGAGAAUCUACGUCUUGCUUUGUAAAAUGUGGACACGUAUUCCACCUUGAUUGUAUUGAGGAAUGGUUUUAUAGAUCAGAGACACAGGAACACUCAUGUCCAAAUUGUAGAAUCAUUGUAGAACCAAUAAUCACACUUAAUCCAUUGAUCAAUGAAAGCUAUAAACUUAUAACCACAGAAGAACUGGAUUCGUUACGGUAA